ACAUUGCUUUUCUUGUCAUGUUUUUCAUUAAUUACUUUCUCUCUCUCCAAUUUAUAAAAAACUCACCAGAUUUCAUCUUCCUCAUUCAUCUAUCCUCUCUACCACACUUUCCCCAAUCUCUCUCUCUUGUUCCAAUAUAGAUAAAACAAAAUCACAAAUGAAAUCGGAGGAACAAAUGAGCAUCAGAUCCAUAUAGACGACAUCUAAAUCUAGAUCUGGAUCUAAAUCUAGAUCUGGAUGCAUCUAAAUCUAGAUCUGGAUGAAAUCGGAGGAACAAAUUAUUUUGUGGGUGUUGUAAAGUUGAAAUCUGUUUUCUCCUCUCUCUCUCUCUCAAGAAUUCCCCCCUUCUCUCUCUACAUAUUUGUCUCCGCACAAAAUUAUUUUGUGGGUGUUGUAAAGUUGGAAUCUUUAUGUCGGUUUUCAUCUUGGAACCCUAGUUUUUUUGGGUAUUUUUCGUGUGAAUUUUUAGGGUUUGUUUCAAGUUCUGAUUUUUAGCUCUGUAAUGGAGACUAAUGAUAAUAUUAAUGGUCAAACUGAUGGAUUCAAGAAACCCAAACGCCAGAUGAAGACUCCUUAUCAACUGGAGAUUCUUGAAAAAACCUAUGAUUCCGAGAUGUAUCCGUCUGAGGCGACAAGAGCACAGCUGUCGGAAUCCCUAGGGUUAACCGACCGGCAGUUGCAAAUGUGGUUUUGCCACCGCCGGUUAAAAGAGAAGAAAGAAGAAAUUGUUAAAAAGGUAGUCGGGGAACAGAUGGAGGUUUUAAAAUCUUCUAAACGAGAAUUGAUUGUGGCUGAGCGCGAUGGUUCGUGGUCUAUGUCGCGUCAUGAGUCAUGGUCAGGUUCAGGUUCAGAGUCGGAUUCUAGCCGGGAUAAUGAACCCGUGGUGCGUAGCAGGGCGAAUGAAUUGACCCAAGGUACAGAUGACAUGACUCAUAAUUCUCAUCAUUUUUCAUUUAGUUUACGGAUUGAAAUGUUAUUUUGGAAAUGAAAUGUUUGAACUGCUAUUGCUAUUUCAAAAUCCAUUGAUUGGAUAGAUCUUUUGUAAUUUAUGUUCAAAUAUGUGAUAAAAUACCUGUAAUGUGUAGCUCUUGGGGAUUUAAUUUUUUUUUUUUUUUUGCAAUGUGGGUUGUGUGUAAUAAAAAUAAAGUGAAUUUUUGUUACAUGAAAUAUACUAAUUUGCAAAAGUGAUGGGGAUUCAUAGAGUGUAACAAAUGGGUCUUUACAUUUUUAUGUAACAGAAAGUAAAUUGGUCACGGCUAAUGCUAGUUUACAAAAAUCAGGGGAAUUCAUAGAGUGUAACAACUGGGUCUUAACAUUUUUAUGUAACAGAAAGUAAAUUGGUCACGGUUGUGUUACAAUUUUUGUGUAACAUCCAUGUUGAUAGUUCAUGUUUGCUGGGUUCAGAUCCAUGAAAGUUUUAUACUCUGUUUUUAUUGUUACAUUUUAUUGUUAUUAUUUGAAGUUUUUUUUCUUGACAGAACCUGCCGCCAUAGUGAAGGAGAAAAGGGUUUUUGUAGGUGGUUGAAGAUAGUGGUGAAGGUGCAUGUUACAUUUUUUGAUCAUGUAAAAAGUGGGUUUUGUUGUUGUUACACAUUGUGCAUGUUACAUUUUUUGAUCAUGUAAAAAGUGGGUUUUUUUGUUGUAUAGAAACAUAGUGUUAUUUGUUAUAGAUGUUUACAGAAACAAUGUGUUACAUAAAGUGGUUUUUGUUAUUGUUACACAUGGUAUGUUUUCA